CUAUAAAUUACCCCCUCCCCUUCAAACCCUUACCAUCUCAUCCAACUUUCAAACAUCCAUUUCCAUGGCCAAAACUUCUAAGAGCUCUGGGUUGAUCAUCUGUUUGCUGCUGCUUGUUUUACUCCUAUACAUCCAACCUUCUGAAUGCAGGAUCAGUGGAGACUCCUUUGGACUUAUACAUCGAAAGUUAUUUUUGGAGAUGAAGCAGAUGGGUCUCAAGAACGGAGCUCCCAAACUCGGCAACGAGGAGAUGCCGGAGGAUUGGGAACUGAGGAGAGUUCCAGCGGGUCCUGACCCCUUGCACCAUAAUGGUCAGGAUCCCAAGAAGCCCCGAACACCAUGACUGUUUCUUUCUCCCGAGUUUAUUUUGCUCUUGCAAGAAAAGAAAAAGAAAUCAUCGUUUUCAAAUGCCAAACAUAUAUAUGUAUUUAAAUAGGUAGAAUGAAGACCUGAUCAUCUGGUCUGUUUUGUCUUGCUCCUAUAUAGCAAUUUAAUGCUAAUCAGAUCAAAAUGUACCCAUGCAGGGAGCUGGUUAUAUAUGUAAUGAUAGUUACUAUGUGCAAAUGAAUAUAUA